GCGAUUUCUCAAGGAGUGCAUAGCUCUGGAGCGUGUACUCUUUGAAUCUCGGAUCUCAUUUCCCUCAUCCAUCUUCCAAUUCUGACUACCAUAUUAAGAUACUUUAUUCCCCUGGUCGUUGAAUUGGUACAAGUUCCUAAAGUUGGAUUUUAACUGGAAUCCUCAUCUACUUUCCUUGAUUUUGAUAACGGCUAAGCCGUUCUGACUCCAAGUAUGGCAACGCCCCAAUUUGGGGGACUGCUGGUUGCAUGCAUAGCUUUGGUCACCAUUCAUCUUGUCACAGCUCAAGAGUUUUGUACAACCAAUCAGUGCCCUAAUAAUGAGCUGUGUUUUAAUAGACCAGGAUCCACGGAAUCAACGUUCGCUUGCGAGUGUCCAGCAGAGCAGCCAUUCUUCAUGGGGUAUGAUUGCUCCACCAACGCCCUUGCCGUGGUCAAAACCACAUGCUUUGGAUCGUCAUGCCAAACUGGUUUUUACACUUCACCCAACUACCCUAAUCAACAUUUUGACCGGGAUAUAAGGAUUCACUUCAUCUUCAUCCCCGGAGCUACAGAAAUUACCUUUUUCUUCGGUGACCCAUUUGAAGUGGAACCAUUCAAAGAUGAACUAUAUAUCGGAGAAGGCCUGACCUUCGAUGACAGGCUAGAUUUAAUUGGGGUGAAUAUGACGCAGAAACAGAUCUACUUCUUCGAGAAUUACUCGGUGCCGACUCCUUUGACAAUAAAUUCAGAUGCUGCAUUCAUCGUGUGGAAAACUGACAAGAACAUUAGGCUAUCGGGGUUUCGAGUUGACUGGGUAGCAGCAGUGGACAUCACACCACCAACCUUCACCUGUCCAGAUUCUAUCGAUCGAACCGUUGACAUAACGCAGGCAGGAUCAUUCAUCCAGUGGACCGAACCUAAUAUUUUUGAUGAGAGUGGUGUCCAAAGCUUUAGUUCGUCAAUAGCGAGUGGAUCGUUCUUUCAAGUGGGGCCGCCUGUUACUGUUACAUACACAGGGAUAGAUAUAAGAGGCAACAUAGCUACAUGUAACUUCAUUGUUUCUGUGACUGCAGUUGAUAGCACACCACCUGUUGUGAUUUGCCCGCAGGACAUUACCCAAACAGUAGAAAUAGGCACUGCUUCUACACAAGUAUUUUUUAAUUCUCCCAGUGUUUCUGAUGAUUCUGGAAGCUUCAGCCUUGUACAAGCCAGUCAUCAGCCUGGAAAUAGCUUUACUACGGGAACAACAAUAGUCACGUACACCUAUACCGAUGCAAGCCAAAAUUCAGCUUCUUGCUCAUUUGCAAUCAACAUUAUUACUGCUGAUACCAUACCACCUGUUGUGAUUUGCCCACUGGACGUUACUCAAACAGUUGAAAUAGGCACUUCUCCUAGACAAGUAUUCUUUGACGUUCCCAAUGUUAGUGAUAAUUCUGGAAGCUUCAGCCUUGUACAAGCAAGUCAUCAACCAGGAGCUAGCUUUCCUACAGGAUCAACAACAGUCACCUACACCUAUACCGAUGGAAGCCAAAAUUCAGCUUCUUGCUCAUUUCAAGUCAACAUUAUUGCUGUGGACAACACUCCACCAGUUAUUCAAAACUGCCCUUCUCCACUCAAUGUGGUAAUUGACUUUGGUGCAACAUCUGGCGUGGUUGGAUGGCCAACUGUAUUUGCAACGGAUAAUUCCGGCCAAGUAGACAUUCUCAGACGUUCGCAUAACAACGGGGAUAUCUUCACAGUAGGCAGCACACCUGUUACGAUUGAGUUCACAGAUCCUUCUGGCAAUACAGCCCUGUGUUCCUUCUCGGUCACUGUAACAGCAGAAGCUGAUAACAUACCACCUGUUGUAAUUUGCCCUGCGGACGUUACUCAAACAGUUGAAUUAGGCAUUUCUUCCGGACAAGUAUUCUUUGACGUUCCCAAUGUUAGUGAUAAUUCUGGAAGCUUCAGCCUUGUGCAAGCAAGUCAUCAAUCUGGAAAUAGCUUUCCUACAGGAUCAACAACAGUCACUUACACCUAUGCUGAUGGAAGCGGAAAUAUAGCUUCUUGCUCCUUUACAAUCAACAUAAUAGCUGUGGACACCACUCCACCGAUUAUUCAAAACUGCCCCCCUCAACUCAGUGAAGAAAUUGACUUUGGUGCUACAUCUAGUGUGGUUGCAUGGCCAUUUGUAUUUGCAUCCGAUAAUUCCGGCCAAGCUGAUAUUCUCAGACGUUCGCACAACAAUGGGGAUAUCUUCCCCCUAGGCACCACACCUGUUACGAUUGAGUUCACAGAUCCUUCUGGCAAUACAGCCCUAUGUUCCUUCUCGGUCACUGUAACAGCACGAGCUGACAACAUACCACCUGUUGUAAUUUGCCCUGCGGACGUUACUCAAACAGUUGAAUUAGGCACUCCUUCCAGACAAGUAUUCUUUGACACUCCCAAUGUUAGUGAUAAUUCUGGAAGCUUCAGCCUUGUGCAAGCAAGUCAUCAAUCUGGAAAUAGCUUUACUACAGGAACAACAACAGUCACCUACACUUAUGCUGAUGGAAGUGGAAAUACAGCUUCUUGCUCCUUUCAAGUCAACAUUAUUGCUGUGGAUCGUGUACCUCCACAAGUAACAUGUCCGCCUGAUGAAGUAUAUAACGUUGAAGUGCCGUUAAGUGGUAGAGCAGUUACUUUUGGCACCGCAACAGCAACUGACCUUUCUACUGUAUCUCUGGUCAGUGUUACACCUCAGACUGGAACUUUCUUUUCCACGGGAUCAACUACAGUGACAUACACUUACAGAGAUGCCAGCAACAAUGAGGCUUCCUGCACUUUCUUGGUCAUUGUUAAUCCAGUGGACACCACUCCACCGAUUAUUCAAAACUGCCCCCCUCAACUCAGUGAAGAAAUUGACUUUGGUGCUACAUCUAGUGUGGUUGCAUGGCCAUUUGUAUUUGCAUCCGAUAAUUCCGGCCAAGCUGAUAUUCUCAGACGUUCGCACAACAAUGGGGAUAUCUUCCCCCUAGGCACCACAGAUGUUACGAUUGAGUUCUCAGAUCCUUCUGGCAAUACAGCCCUAUGUUCCUUCUCGGUCACUGUAACAGCACGAGCCAUCUUGGAUUUCAAGAUGGCUGACAUUUUGCUUCUGACUCGGAAUCAGAUCACUGAGGGCCAGCAAUAUUUUAAAUAA